ACAAAAAAACCCAACCAACUUUCCAAAGGAAGCAUUCAGCACUGUCACGAAAAGAGACACACCCCACCUAGAGGUGAAACACUAAAAUCCUCAUGAUCCAGCAGCUGGCUACUUCUCGGACUCUAGUGUUUCGACAAUGAAUUGCUCCAGAACUGAAAUCAAAUGCAAACAGCACUGGGAUUCCAAACAUUGUGCAACUUAUGGAAUAUUUUAUAAAUUUAUUUUUAAGUGGAAGCAUUCUCUCUUUUUUUUUAAUCUGUCCAUUUGCCAAGGAUUUGUUUGGAUGAUCUUUUAUGAAGAAUAGCUGGAAGGCUCCUUUUUUUUUUUUUCCUAGUUUCAUGCCACGUUUCUUCCAAUUACUCUUGAUUAGAAAACAAUUAGCUUAGCAAUUAACCCUGACAGGUUAGCCAUCAGUUUGAUAGCACUGCAUGUCAUCCAAAAGGUAGGGGGAAUUUAUUGUUAAUUUCAGACAAUUAGCAAUGGGCUGGCAGAGCUCACAACAGCCUGAAAGCUCAAUUUUCCAGAACAGCUGAGAUAAAUUACUGAAUCAAUUAAAACACAUCAGUGAAUGUCUGCAAGCAUACUUAAAGCUCGCUUACAAGCCACUGAAAAUCAGUGGAAGGAGAAAGACUAGUAGAGGGUUUUUGGGUGUUGUGUGGUGGUAUUCAUUUCAAGCUGUUGAUGUUUAUUCUGCUCUGCCAUUGACACUAGUUAAAUAUAAUUAAAAGCUAGUAUUGAAUUAUAUCAAAAGAAUCUGGUAAAGAACAGGGUCUACAAUGACUUUCCUUCCAAAGUGGUUAACUUUUCUAAAAGGCAAAGAGGUUGUUAUUGCUAAUGCAAUAAUUGCAAUAUUGACAAUUGGCGGGCAGCAACUUUUCUCUUUUUUCACAUUCAGCUGUCCCUGUCAUGUUGGACAGAAUCUUAUCUAUGGGCUGGCUUUCCUAGGAGUGCCUGCACUGAUCCUUCUGGUUGUUGGCUAUGCCCUGAACAACCAGACUUGGAGGCUCGUUAUGGGCAAAAGUUCUCAUUUUGAGAGGGAGAUGUCAUCAAACUGGUUGCUGAAAUGCAAGCUGCUCUGCUUUGUCCUCUGCAGCAUCACGGGGAGGGCACUGGUUGCUCCAGUCACAUGGCUUGCAGUCACCCUGAUAAAUGGCUCCUAUUAUAUCUGUGCUGUGAGCGAGUACGUCCCUGUGCAUUACUACGGAGCUGCUCCCAAUGUCAGCGCUGCGGAGCGCAGCAGGAUAUUGGCCACGUUUCCCUGCGGGCAGCUGGUUCCUCCAGAGCUGGCCCGGGCCAGAGAUGAAGUGAUUCUCCUCCUCCGAUACCAGUCACAAGUGGCUGGCUGGCUUUUGAUUGCUGUGGUGGUCAUCACUGUGUUCCUUUCUUACUGCCUGGCAAGCUGUUUCUCCCCGCUCAGCUUCCUGCACUUCAGAUACUGGAACAGCUAUGUCCACAAUGAGCAGGAGCUCUUUGAUGAGGCAACAGAGCAGCACUCCAGGCUCUAUGCCAUGCAGAAUGUAAGGAAGUUCUUUGGCUUUGUCCCAGGAAGUGAGAAUGUAAAGGAAAUUCGUAUCCCAUCUCUCAGGGAGUGGCAGGCCAUUUCUGGACUGGCCUUUCUGAAGCGAGUGGAUAAGGAGCACUAUGAUUACAGCCUCCUCCAUGACUGGGCACUCAAGGAGCGUGCAAGUGGAAAGUACCUGAGGAUUGAUGAAGACCCUGGGAUCAUAACACAGCUCUGAAGAUCCAAGACCCCACAAUACUUUGCAGAAAAGCAGGAACCUGUCUAGCCCUAUGUCAGACCUGAGCUGCACUGGAACUUUCCAAUACAGUAUUACAUUGAUGUAUAAAUUAUGUGAGCAUCUUGUUAAUGUAGUCCUUCAGCACCUGCUUACAGAUGCCUUUACUGAUGGUGUUUUUACUCCUGUGGGAUGUGGUGAUCUAUCCCUAGAUUAGGGU